CGUCUCCCUCAGGCCCCAGCUUAUCACCUGAUCCUGGAGGGGAUCCUCAUACUGUGUAUCAUCAGACUUCUGUUCUCUAAGACCUACAAACUUCACGAGACCUAUAAACUGACAGAGAAGGAGAAGGAGGACCUCAUUGAGGAAUGGCAGCCGGACCCUCUGGUUCCUCCUGUUUCCAAAGACCAUCCCUCCCUCAGUUAUGAUGUGGUCACAGGGCCUCCCAGCCACAAAAUCACCAUCAAUGGAAAAGAGUGCAUUAACUUUGCUUCAUUUAACUUCCUGGGUCUCCUGGACAAUGAGCGGGUUAAGCAAAAAGCUUUGGCAUCACUGAAGAAAUAUGGUGUGGGCACAUGUGGUCCCAGGGGCUUCUAUGGAACUUUUGAUGUUCACCUGGAGCUGGAGAGUCGUCUGGCCAAAUUCAUGAAAACAGAAGAAGCCAUCAUCUAUUCUUACGGCUUUGCUACCAUCGCCAGUGCGAUCCCUGCCUACUCCAAGAGGGGGGACAUCAUCUUUGUGGACGAGGCGGCCUGCUUCUCCAUCCAGAAGGGUCUUCAAGCUUCCCGCAGCUUCAUCAAAUACUUCAAACACAACGACAUGGAGGAUCUGGAGAGGAUGCUCAAGGAGCAGGAGCUGGAGGACCAGAAGAAUCCUCGUAAAGCCCGAGUGACCCGGAAGUUUAUUCUUGUGGAGGGUCUGUACAUCAACACUGCAGACAUCUGUCCUCUGCCUGAACUGGUGAAGCUGAAGUACAAGUACAAGGUGCGGAUCUUUCUGGAGGAGAGCAUGUCUUUUGGAGUGUUGGGAGAACACGGCCGAGGAGUCACCGAGCACUUUGGGGUAGAUGUGAGUACACUCAGCUGUACACAGAGACAUGCUGUGUGGCAGUAAAAGGCUUGUUGGGUUUGUUUUUUAUUUCUAACUUUGUGUUUUUUUGAUGCUAUAGUUGUCACACCUACAGCUACCUGCCCUCCUCUGGUGUGCUGAUCAAAUUCAUUGUUCCACAUUCCAUUAAGGAUGUAUUGUAAGAAUUAUAUUACUAUAAAUAAUGGAUUUAAUUGAAUAAACUUUUCUAAUAA